CAUUGAGAAUAAACACUGUACAAUUUAAGUAUGUCAACUUCAGAUUAUGAUCCAGCUUGUUUGCCUGACUUGUUGCCGAUUUAUUACCGCAGACUCUUCCCGUUUUCACAGUACUAUCGCUGGUUAAGUUAUGGCGGUGUGUCUAAAAACUACUUCCAGAACCGUGAGUUUUCCUUCACCCUAAAAGAUGACAUUUAUGUAAGAUAUCAGUCCUUCACCACUCAGAAUGAGCUGGACAAAGAGAUUCAGAAAAUGGUUCCCUACAAGAUUGAUAUUGGAGCAGUCUACAGCCACAGGCCCAGUCAGCAUAACACGGUGAAGUCUGGAACCUUCCAGGCCCUGGAGAAGGAGCUGGUGUUUGACAUUGACAUGACAGACUAUGAUGAUGUCAGACGUUGCUGCAGUGCUGCUGAUAUCUGCUCAAAGUGCUGGACUCUAAUGACCAUCGCUAUUCGUAUUCUGGACCGGGCACUUCGGGAGGACUUUGGAUUCCAUCAUCUCCUAUGGGUGUACUCGGGCCGGAGAGGGGUGCAUUGUUGGGUUUGUGAUGAUGCUGCUAGGAAGCUCUCAGUGGCGGCGCGGUCUGCCGUAGCAGAGUAUCUCAGUUUAGUCAAGGGUGGUGAGGAGACUGCGAGAAAAGUUGUGUUGUCAGAUCCAAUCCAUCCUUUCAUCAAUCAUUCUCUGUCUGUGGUGGAGCACUAUUUCCAACAAUAUGCCAUUGUGGACCAGGACAUAUUGGGCAGUAAGGAGAGUGUAGACAAAGUGCUCGCUCUGUUGCCUGAAGAUAUCAAAAAGGACCUGACAGUCCUUUAUAAGGAUGUAAAGGACCCAAUGAAGCGAUGGGACAAACUCUGCAAUCUGGUUGAAUGUAAAAAGUCGACUAUUAAGAAGGGUCAGUACUUCGAUAAGGAGAUCAUGCUGCAGUACUGUUACCCGCGACUGGAUGUCAACGUCAGUAAAGGAGUCAACCACUUACUGAAGAGCCCCUUCAGCGUACACCCUAAGACAGGUCGAAUCUCAGUGCCGAUAGAUCUGAAAGAACUGAACACGUUUGAUCCUUUUGAGGUCCCUACAAUCAGUCUUAUCUGUGAGGAGCUGGAGAGACCCAGAGCAGAUGAGGCGGAGGAAGAUGACAUGAAGGACAAGGAGAAUGAACAAGAAGCUGGAGAACGACGCAGAAUCAGAGACUAUAAGCGGACCAGCUUGGCCAAGUAUGUGAAGGUCUUUGAUCGGUUUUUGGAGGCAAUGGCUCGAUCUCGGAAAGGAGAGAUGCUGAAGAAGAGUGAUCUUCAGAAGGACUUCUAAGACAGAAGAGCUGGGACUAUAAAACAGCAGUUUAUCAGAAUGCAUUUACAUGUUUAUCUGCUGACUGUCUGCUUCUGUAGAUACAGACACUUUCACAUACAAAGAACCACAACAGUUUUGCUCUGAAACAUUCCAUUGGAUGAUCAGUCAAAUUAUGUAUGAAAUAAUGUCAUUCGUUUCCAUGUGAUACUGUGUUUCUUUACGUUUCUAAUGGAAAUAGGUUUUCCCUCACAUUCUGUGUUUUGUAAAUCAAACUUUUUUUUUUUUCUUUUUUCUACCAGCUAAAUAAAAUAAUCUGUUAUAUUUGUUGUCUGGUUAAAAGGGGGAAACAAAUAAAAAAAAAGUGGUUGUUGUGA